AUGAAGGCGCUUUUGUUACUGGUCUUACCUUGGCUCAGUCCUGCUAACUACAUUGACAAUGUGGGCAACCUGCACUUCCUAUACUCAGAACUCUGUAAAGGUGCCUCUCACUAUGGCCUGACCAAAGACAGGAAGAGACGCUCACAAGAUGGCGGGCCAGAUGGCUGCGCCAGCCUCACAGCUACAGAGCUCUCCCCAGAGGUGUCUGCAGCUGCUCCCGUCUCCUUAACGACAGAGCCGGGCCUAGACAACCCUGCCUACGUGUCCACCGCGGAGGAUGGUCAGUCAGCAAACAGCCCACUGGACCCAGGCCGGAGCAACCGAACGAGGCCACGUCCUUUUGAGCGAUCUACAAUCAGAAGCAGAUCUUUCAAGAAAAUAAAUCGAGCUUUGAGUGUCCUUCGGAGGACGAAGAGUGGAAGUGCAGUUGCCAAUCCGGCUGACCAGGGAAGGGAAAAUUCAGAAAAUCUCACUGCCCCUGAAGCCUUUCCAAGGUUGUAUCACCUGAUUCCAGAUGGUGAAAUUACCAGCAUCAAGAUCAAUCGAGUGGAUCCCAACGAGAACCUCUCCAUUAGGCUUGUGGGAGGCAGCGAGACCCCGCUGGUCCAUAUCAUCAUCCAGCACAUUUAUCGCGACGGAGUGAUCGCCAGAGAUGGCCGAUUACUGCCAGGAGAUAUCAUCCUGAAGGUCAACGGCAUGGACAUCAGCAACGUGCCCCACAGCUAUGCCCUACGCCUCCUGCGACAGCCCUGCCCGGUGCUGCGGCUCACGGUGCUGCGAGAGCAGAAAUUCCGAAGCAGGGGUGGCGGCCUGGGCCUGGACUCCUAUGGCGCCCGGGAAGACACUUUCCACGUGAUUCUCAACAAAAGCAGCCCCGAUGAGCAGCUCGGGAUAAAACUGGUGCGCAAGGUGGAUGAGCCUGGGGUGUUCAUUUUCAACGUGCUGGACGGUGGUGUGGCAGACCGACACGGUCAGUUGGAGGAGAAUGACCGAGUGUUGGCCAUCAACGGCCACGACCUCCGAUAUGGCAGUCCAGAAAGUGCGGCACUUCUCAUCCAGGCCAGUGAAAGGCGCGUCCACCUCAUCGUGUCCCGCCAGGUCCGACAACAGAGCCCAGACAUCUUUCAGGAAGCAUGCUGGAGCAUCAACGGCAGCCGCUCACCCGGGCCUGGGGACCGGAGUCACACUCCCAAGCCUGUUCACCCCACAGUCACUUGUCAUGAGAAAGUGGUGAAUGUCCGAAAAGACCCCAGCGAGUCCCUGGGCAUGACGGUGGCUGGAGGAGCAUCUAAUAGAGAGUGGGAUUUGCCCAUCUAUGUCAUCAGUGUUGAGCCUGGAGGAGUCAUAAGCAGAGACGGAAGGAUAAAAACAGGUGACAUUUUGCUGAAUGUGAAUGGCGUUGAACUAACGGAGGUCAGCCGGAGUGAAGCCGUUGCGUUAUUGAAAAGCACAUCCUCCUCGGUGGUCCUCAAAGCUUUGGAAGUCAGAGAACAGGAGCCUGAGGAGGACUACAGCAGUGCAGGAACCCUGGACGCCAACGACAACAGGGCUCCACCCGCAGACUGGUCUCCCUCCUGGGUCAUGUGGCUGGAAUUACCACGAUACUUGUAUAGCUGUAAAGAUGUUGUACUACGAAGAAACACAGCUGGAAGUCUGGGUUUCUGCAUUGUAGGAGGGUAUGAAGAAUACAAUGGGAACAAACCUUUUUUUAUUAAAUCCAUUGUUGAAGGAACACCAGCUUACAAUGAUGGAAGAAUUAGAUGUGGUGAUAUUCUUCUUGCUGUCAAUGGCAGAAGUACAUCAGGAAUGAUACAUGCUUGCUUAGCAAGGAUGCUCAAAGAACUUAAAGGAAGAAUUACUCUCACUAUCGUUUCCUGGCCUGGCACUUUUUUAUAG